GGGCAGGGCCGGGCCGGGCCGGGCCGCGGGAGGCACAACAAAGAUGGCGGCGGCCGGGGACGCCGGAGGAGCGGGGCGGCGGUGGCUGUGGAGACACCAACAAAUGGAACACAAAUUGACUUAAGCCUACGUAAGGCUGGUGACACCGAAAAAAGGGGAAAUUGGGGAAGCUGUGCUCUGUGCUUUCUGUCUGACGUAACGGGAGUACAUAUUUGAGCAUGCUUGCUACUUAGUAGGAGAACUAAAGUUCAGGCACAAGAGGUUGUAAACGUAAAGAGUGAAUAUGGGUGAAAAGAAGCCAGAACCUUUGGACUUUGUAAAAGACUUUCAGGAAUAUCUUACACAGCAGACUCACCAUGUAAAUAUGAUUUCUGGAUCAGUUAGUGGAGACAAGGAAGCAGAGACUCUUCAGGGAGCUGGGACCGAAGGUGAUCAGAAUGGUCUGGAUCAUCCUUCUGUUGAAGUUUCACUGGAUGAAAACUCAGGAAUGUUAGUGGAUGGGUUUGAAAGGACAUUUGAUGGAAAAUUAAAGUGUCGAUACUGCAACUAUGCCAGCAAAGGAACAGCACGGCUCAUAGAGCAUAUCAGAAUUCAUACAGGACAAGGAGAUCCAAGACCUGAGUGUGGUUUUGCUCAGAAGCAUGGUGAGGAAGCAUGGCAAAGGGCUAAGACAUGGAUUGCAUGGACUAUGAAAGCUCAGAGUGAGAAGCCACACAGAUGCCAUUUGUGUCCCUUUGCAUCAGCUUAUGAACGCCAUCUGGAAGCACACAUGCGAUCGCAUACCGGUGAAAAACCGUACAAGUGUGAGUUGUGUUCCUUCCGCUGCAGUGACAGAAGCAACUUAUCUCACCACCGGAGGCGCAAACAUAAAAUGGUGCCUAUCAAGGGUACAAGGUCUUCCCUAAGCAGCAAGAAAAUGUGGGGGGUUUUGCAGAAGAAGACCAGCAACUUGGGGUACAGCAGAAGAGCAUUAAUUAAUUUGAGCCCACCUUCCAUGGUGGUUCAGAAACCGGACUACCUUAAUGAUUUUACUCAUGAAAUCCCAAAUAUCCAGACUGAAGCAUAUGAGAGCAUGACAAAACCAUCCCAGAGCAGCGGGUUGCCAAGAGAUCCACAAGACCUUAUGGUAGAUAAUCCUUUAAACCAGCUAUCUACGCUAGCCGGACAGUUAUCUAGUUUGCCACCUGAAAACCAAAAUCCAGCCUCUCCUGAUGUUGUUUCGUGUCAAGAUGAAAAGCCUUUCAUGAUACAGCAGCCUACUGCACCUGCGGUCGUUUCGGCUGUGUCGGCAAGUAUUCCUCAAAGUUCAUCUCCAACCAGCCCAGACCCCCGGCCCACACACAAUCAGAGGAACUACAGCCCGGUGGCAGGGCCGAGCAGCGAUCGCAGUGCCCACACCAGUACUCCCAGCAUAAGCAACAGCCAACCAAGUACUCCAGCUCCCACCCUGCCGGUUCAGGACCCUCAGCUUCUGCAUCACUGCCAGCACUGUGACAUGUACUUUGCGGACAAUAUCCUUUAUACUAUUCACAUGGGAUGUCAUGGAUUUGAAAAUCCUUUUCAGUGCAACAUAUGCGGGUGCAAGUGUAAAAAUAAGUAUGACUUUGCUUGCCAUUUUGCAAGAGGACAACAUAAUCAACAUUGAGAACAUGCUUUCAUUUAUUUUUUUUUAACAUAUGACAAUAUAUUUUUCAUACUUGCUGAAGGAAAGCUUGCACGUUCCCCAUAAGGAAUCUUCACGUUAAACAAUUGGAAAAAGGAGGCAAACUUAUUUCUUUGUUGUCAUAAAACUUGCCAGAGGAGUUUUGUAUAACGUGGUUGUUAUUUUAUAUGUAGCCUUUCAAAAAAAAAGGAAAAAGCAAGUGAAGGUGUUAUAAGAAUUUGAAUGCAUUAAGAUGUUUUGGUUGCUAAAUUUAAGUUGCUUGCACUUAAAAUCCCGAUAAACAUUCUACAGAUGUAGAAGCAGAGCACAUGUCCUGAAACAUAGGAUGCAAUUACGAGAUUAUUUACUAGGCAAGUUAAAAUGUUAACCAUUAACUAUGAAGGGUGAAUGCAAUGACACAUGUGGUUACUUUGGAGACAUACUUAUCCUCGAAAACUUAGCUACUAUCAAGCUGAAAUCACAAACAGAAGCAACUUUCACGUACAAAUUCAAUUGGAUUUAAAAGUUAACUUUAAUCUGAUUAAGGUUAGUAUGUUUUUACUUAGUGUAGCCCAAACUCUUCAUGCUAGGGCUCGAACACUAUUAUUUUUAAGACACCUCACAAAACUAGAAUAUAAAGGUUAUUGUGAAUUAAACUCUGGUAGGAAGAAAAGUUAAGAGCCUGGCAUUCACUAGUUGAGUAAAGAAAAAUUAAACAUGACAACUUGUUUUAAAUUACACUUACCAAAAUUUUGUGUCCUUCUUUUUAAAAGGAGGUAAUUCUUCACAGACAGUCAUAAUAGAGAGCUUGUAGAACUAAUACAGAUUCAGUGAGACUUUAACUGCCUUAAACUAAUUUGUACACAUAUUUAAAAUUUGCACAAUUAUUCUUCUGUCUUGCUGAUAGGAGUUCUAAUAGAAACAAACAAGAGGUUUACAAAUUAAAAGUAGUUUGUUCGGUUUUAUCUUGGGCUAAGCUACAACUGGUAGGUUGCAUAUAUGUUUGAAAGUUGUGGAAUCUAGGUUGUUGUAAACUUCAGCUAACUUGGAAAUCAGUUUGUCUUGUCCCCUCCCUAAAUUUGUUACCCUUUUGGUGUGCUAGAAAUCAGGGGAAGAGGUUGUGCAUUGUUGUUUUUCUUUUCCUUUUUUUUUUUUUUUUUUAAAAACAGGUCAUGUAGUAGGCAGGCAAAGGAAUACUGGCUGGCUACGUUUGAAGUCAUUGUGAUUAAUAUUGUAGGUGGCAAAUGGUCACUAAAGAUGUACACAAAGUCCAUUGCACAUUUAUUUUUUUUAAUUCUGUACAUCUUACUUUAGAAGCACCUAGGCUAAUGGACAGGCACUUUAAUAUAAACCUAAUAAAACAUCCUACUAAAAUUAAUAAAAGCUUUUGAUAUGCUACGUAGGAAUUUGUAAUGUUUCAGAAAAGGGAAGAACUGUUACUUUUCCCAUAUUUAGACGUGCACUUUUACCUUAGUUUGUCUUAGCUGACUCAAAUUAAAGCUUCCCUGAUAUUCUCCUUUUACUAUCAGCAAAAUAUGUCAGAAAAUAUAAUUUGUUAAAAGUAGGAAGAAGAUUUGAUUAAUGUUCUGGAAGUCAGAGGCUGCAAUCUGAAUAGCAAAUGUUUGGCUUAUUCAGAUUUGUAUUGUCACGGGAGCUAAAGCUCCAAUGGAAGAACUUACAAUGACUUCAGUGUAAGAUCAAUAUGCAGGAAAAAAAUGCUUCUGAAAAUGUUGGCAUGGGAAGUAAUUUUCAGUUGAAUGAAUUAGAAAUUCGGGAACUGAAUACACUUCUCUACAUCUUAUUUAUCUGCUGUUGAAUUUUCCAUCCUGAAAUAACUAGUUGAAGGAACUGGAUUCUUGUCCACACCUAGUUAAGGGGAUUAGAAAUGCUCCGUUUCGGUGUUUCCAAGGCAGUGAAGGUUAAGGAUAACACGCUGUCACUCCUAAAAAUGUUUUGUUUUCUGGUUUGUGUAACUGGGAAUAUAACUUCCAUUUUACAUAAUGACAUUCUUUAUAAUCCCCUAAUAUCCCUUUGUUGCUUUAUACUUUUAAAAUUUAUUUUCAGAAGGAAAACAGCAAUUCUGUACGCAGAAACUGAUAUGCAGAGGACCUGGAGUCAUCUACUUGCAUGUCUUUUUGCAUUUUAAAGACUACAGUAAAGUUGGCUAAACUGAAAUUUAGUUGGAAUUUAUUGCUCCUGUACAGAUUUUGUAACAAGACCGUUCCAGUCAAAGAACAAUAUAGAAAAGAUAGAUCUUUUGAUCACGUUUACACAAUCGACAAUCUAAAUUUGGCUAAAAUGCAGCAUUAGUACCCCAAAUGUUGAAGAAUGUUACAGUUAGUAAUUUAUAGAGGCCAUUUUCCUUGCCUUUUGACAGAUGGUGUAAACUUUUAUUCCUAGGUUUUAGCAGCUACAAGGAAGCUUCUCAAAUUGUGUUGCUACAAGGAGUAACUUCCAAUUCUGAAUAACGCAGAUUGCAACAGCUAAGUUGUCUUUGGUUCGUGGCUCCAGUCCUUGUCCCUCUUGAUACCGGUAGGGAGAUAAACUCCAAUGUGCACAAACGUUGAGAUUUCAUUCUUCUGUUCUUUAUACCACUUCUGAUCUAUUAGAAUUUUCAUUGGCAAUGCCCCUAAAUGUUACAGACUUUUCUUUUGGUGUAGGCUAAUGACUUGGUGAUUUAGAAAAAAAUGAUUUGCGAACCAUAAUUCCCCUGAAAGAAAUUUUAGGUAGGAGAAUAGUUAGGUCACUAAUAGAAGGAGCUGCUAGCAAGAGGAAGCCUGCAUGACAUUAUUGAAAAGGGGAUCUCUGUUGAGGGGGAACAUUUUCUUAAUAAUAGAACUCAUUAGGGGAAAAAAAAAAAAAAAGGACCCCAAACCUUGCAAACUAUUAUGUAGCAGUAUUUUAAUACUGCUGACUUAAUAUCAGUUUCUACUUUGAAUUUCCCUAGGAAAAGAGAACUAUCUUGAACAUCUAAAAACUGAACAAUUACAAAAACAUUUUUCCUCCCUUCUCUGUGCAAGCUCCCAUUUGCGAGGGAGUGGCUCUUAGGCAGCAGCAGGCUUUAGUGUUCAGUGCUUGAUCCUCAACCAGAUCUGUGGGGUGGAUCCCCGUUACCUGCUUAGUCCUUCACAGAGAGUCAGCUUCUGGACCAGGAUUCCUAAUUUUUCAACCUAAUACUGUGUGUUCAGUUGUGCCAAACUACUCCAAUUUCCUUCCAACUACCGAGUAGGUUUGGAAGGUGUAUUUUCAUAUUAGUUUUUCGUAAUGCUGUACAUACUAUUUACUGUAAUUUAAAGAGCAGAAUUCGUACUGGAAAUUUGUUUUAGGGUAUUAUGAUCCUGACAAUUCCCAUGCACAGGUAGGCCUUAUUCAUUCAGAGUCAAUGUCAGGAUCUGUAGGAUCAGGUCCUCAGCAGGACUGCCCACAUUGAGUUCUCUGUGAUACACUGCAUUAACUUAAAAAAAUAAAAAUAAAAAAAUCCUUAUAUUAUAAGGUGGUGAUUAACAUCUUUACUUGUAUUAACAGGGAAGUUUGGGAAUGAGCUAAAUUUUUUUCUGUAGUUUCACUCUGUUAAAUUCUGUAGUUGCAAAACAUUAACUUUGUGAGUUUUUUGUUUUUAUUGUAAUAGACUGUUUUAUAGAUUUGUUGACAUUUUUAACAUGCACUAUUUAUAGCACUCUUAAUACAGAUUUAGUAUUUUGAGAAGGAAUAUUCCAAUGAACACGCAAAUAUUAGAUUGAAUAUCUUGGUAGAUUAUCUCAGUUAAUACUCUUAAACCUCAGUUAAUACUUCUACCAACUGUGAAGCAGCUAAUAGGGAACAGUAAUAGUUGUUUUUUCACAGAUACAAUGUUUAGAUAAAGUUAAUUUUGACAUAAAUUGUAGAUCGGCAUUUUUAUAUAAAAUUUAAAGAUGUGUUCCAACAUUGUUUCCUAGCAAAAUUAUCUGUUGCUAUUUGUUCUGUUACAGAAUGUUUUGGGGUUUUGCUUGUUUGCUUUUUGUUUCUUUUUGACGAAGGGAAUGUAAUUUAGAAGUCUUCACUGGCAAGUUUUCUAUUAAUUUUAAGCUUCUUUGAAAAUCUGCAGCAAAUGGAUGUUCUGCUGCAGGAAAAUCUAUCCCCUGCUGAAGCAUUUUUCAUUGAGCAAUCUUUGUGUAUGUGCUUCUGAGUACCUGCUUUGUUAAUAUGUAUUUCAAUGUAAAGAGCAUAUUUUGUAUGCAAAACUGAAACCUGUUAGAGUUGUAUUUUACAAUUUUAUUGUGUAGUGAAUGUUUUCAGAAGACAAGCUUAAUUCUGAAAUAACUUGACUAUAUCUAGUGCAGUUCAUGUUGUGGAGCUUUGCUUUUGUAAGAUAAGAAUAAAAUAACACUUUCUAAU